UGUUCUUUCCCUUCCUUCCCACAUCAACAUAGUUCUUCGUCGGACUACUUUACAUGCAUGAAUUCUUGAGUGUUUAGAAUUUUCAAUGGCGAUUACUGUUUCUUGGGAAAAUCAUCAUCUGCUUCUUCUUUGUUGCAUUCUUUUUACAGGGGUUGCAGUUGAAGCUUUAUCCUAUGAUUAUUCAGCAACCAUCGAGUGCUUGGCAGAACCUCUUAAACCCCAAUAUGGAGGAGGGAUCAUCAAAAACCCAGAGUUGAACCAUGGUUUGAGUGGCUGGUCUGUAUUUGGACAAGCAAAAAUAGAGCAUCGCUCAUCAGAGAAAGGAAACAGCUUCAUUGUUGCUCAUAGUAGAAACAAGCCUUUUGAUAGCUUCUCCCAAAAGCUUUACCUGCUCAAGGAUAGGCUUUACACCUUCUCUGCAUGGGUACAGGUGGUUGAAGGAAAUGUGCCAGUAACUGCUGUGUUUAGCACAAGUGGUGGUAUGAUACAUGCAGGUGCAGUUCAUGCUGAGUCAGGUUGCUGGUCCAUGCUUAAAGGUGGCCUCACUGUGAACUCAUCUGGACCUGUUGAACUCUAUUUUGAGAGCAAGAACACAACAGUGGAGAUCUGGGUUGACAGUGUCUCAUUACAACCAUUCACCAAAAAGCAAUGGAGUUCUCACCAUGAUCAAAGCGUUGAGAAGGUGCGUAAGAGAAAGGUCAGAUUCCAAGCAGUAGAUGCUGAGGGUAAAACCUUUGCAGGUGCAAAAGUCUCCAUAAUCCAAAAGAAAGCAAGCUUCCCCUUUGGCAGUGCCAUUAGUAAGGCCAUCCUCAACAACCCAGCCUAUCGGAAUUGGUUCACCUCCAGGUUCACAGUCACCACCUUUGAAAAUGAGAUGAAGUGGUACAGCACUGAACCCUCUCCUGGUAAAGAAGACUACUCUAUCCCUGAUGCCAUGCUUGCCCUUGCCAAACAAUCUGGUAUUUCAGUUAGAGGUCACAAUAUUUUCUGGGAUGAUCCCAAAUUUCAACCCGAGUGGGUCAAGUCGCUUUCCCCUGAUCAACUCAGGCAAGCAGCAGCAAAGAGGAUUGAUUCUAUUGUUUCAAGAUAUAAAGGGCAGCUUAUUGCAUGGGAUGUUGUUAAUGAAAACCUUCAUUUCUCAUUCUUUGAAGAUAAGCUAGGGGGUGAUGCUUCUGCUGGUUUCUACCAGAGGGCACAUCAACUUGAUGGGGGCACAACUUUGUUCAUGAAUGAAUAUAAUACCAUAGAAGAUAGCAGAGAUGGAAUGUCAACACCAGCCAAGUAUCUUCAGAAGCUGAGGGGCUUUCAGUCAGCUGGGCAGAUAGGAAUUGGGGUUGAAUCCCAUUUCGGUAUACCCAAUAUUCCUUACAUGAGAUCCUCCCUUGAUGUCCUAGCAGCAGCAAAUCUUCCUAUUUGGAUCACAGAACUGGACGUUGGAAAAAACCCAAAUCAGGCUCAGUUCUUGGAAGAGAUUAUUAGGGAGGCUCACGCUCAUCCAGCCAUCAAGGGAAUUGUGAUGUGGGCAGCAUGGCGUCCGGAAGGGUGUAACAUUAUGUGCUUGACAGAUAACAAUUUCAAGAACCUCGCAACAGGGGAUGUUGUGGACAAGCUGAUCAAUGAAUGGAGUCCCAGAAACCUUGUUGGCUCCACAGACGACAAUGGCACCUUUGAGAUUUCUCUCUUUCAUGGAGACUAUGAAGCAACAUUCACUCACCCAUCUAAGAAUUCCACCUCAACUAUGAGCUUAGAGGUGACAACAGGAACCGCUGAGGAGUCACUGCUCCAUGUAGUUCAUGUUCAUGAUGUAUGAGAAUUUGUUGUUACACCUACACUUUCGACAAUGAAACUAUGAGACGCUUGCUGCCCUAAUUUUGGGCAAUA